AUGAGUAACUUCGGGUCUUCCAAAGCUAUGUCUUCAUCAUUUCCAAAUCUCUCUACCCCUCUUGAUGAUAAGCAUUCCAGAUUGCCAGAUUCUUUUCAGGUGUCAUCACAAAGGGAGAAGACUAGAUAUUCUAAGUUACCACAGGCUUCUUCCCCUGGGCACUUAUUUUCAUCAUCUUCCAGGCCCAAUGAUGUUCAUUUUUCCUCAGUUUCCCCUUGUGAAAGGCGUUCCCAAAAUUCUCCAUUCAUUUUUAAAUUACCAGUUGAUGAAAAAUCAUUGUCACUGACCCAUUCUUCCCAUUCAGAAGUACAACCUACAGCAUUGAUUAAUUACUCUGAAGAAAAUAAAGAUAUUUCCUGGUACCCAGAUUCACUUCAGGAAUUUCUUCAUUUCCCUGAAAAUGUCCCUGACCAGAAUGGCCUGGUGGAUAGUAGUACUGGUGUCAUAACAUCUGAGGAUCAUGCUGAGAAGACUGAUUGGUCUGAUUGGGAUCCAUUAAUUUCCUUUGAUGAUGCUCUGGACCCAGACUGGGAGCUUCCCAUUGAUGUUGAUGCAGUGGAUCCCAAACCAAAGGUGUUGAACCCAUAUUCUGAUAUCCUGGUGCAGCCGCCCCAGACUCAACAGCAUCAGCCAGUUCAAUCUGAAGAAUUUCGUCCCAGCCCUGAACCAUUAUCCACUGCACCUCCAACCAAACCCAGAAUGCGUUGGACACAAGAACUUCAUGAAGCCUUUGUGGAAGCUGUGAACCAGCUUGAUGGUAGUGAACGAGCUACUCCUAAGGGUAUUUUAAACCUCAUGAAAGUUGAAGGCUUGACAAUCUAUCAUGUAAAAAGCCAUUUACAGAAAUAUAGAACAGCCAGAUACAAACCGGAGUCAUCAGAAGGAGCUUGUGAGAAAGUUUCAACUCCGGUUGAAGAAACAAAUUCUCUAGACUUGAAAGCGAGUAUGGGGAUUACUGAAGCAUUGCGGUUGCAGGUGGAGCUCCAAAAGCGGCUUCACGAACAACUUGAGAACCAAAGAAAGUUGCAGUUGCAAAUUGAAGAACAAGGAAAGUACCUUGAAAAGAUGUUUGAGCAACAGAGAAAGAUGGAAGACAGCAGGGUGAAGGCCGCAUCAUCCACUGUGGAUGACCACGCUACUCCACCAUCAAAUCUUGUGUGUCCUUCCCUGGAGAGGAUAAACCAGAGACCUCCAAACAUGACCAUGAGAAAACACCAAUAA